AUGGUGGAUCAGCUCCAAGGGAAAUGGAAAUCGAUUUCUUGUGAAAAUUUCGAAAAAUAUAUGAAGGAAAUGGGAAUAGGAAGAGCCAACCGGAAACUGGGUCGUUUGGCAAAACCCACUGUGACCAUCAGUACAAACGGAGAUGUGAUCACCAUAAAAACCAAAAGCAUCUUUAGGAAUAAUAAGAUCUCCUUCAAACUGGGCGAAGAAUUUGAAGAAACCACACCAGGUGGCCAUAAAACCAAGAGUACCGUGACCUUAGAUAAUGACACCUUAGUCCAAGUUCAGGACUGGAAUGGCAAGGAAACCACCAUUCGGAGGAAGCUGGUAGAUGGCAAAAUGGUGGUGGAAAGUGCCGUGAACAAUGUCAUCUGUACACGGACGUAUGAGAGAGUGUAA